AAAACACAUCAUCAACAAUCAAUUACAAACAAAACAUAAGGAUCGUGAUUAAUUGUGUUGUUUUGUUUAGGUGCGUGUCGCGUGCCACUGCUACUGCAAUCUUCAAACUCAAUUCCUCAAUUUCCAUUUCCCCCAAACACACUCCAUCUUCUCUAAUCACACCUCCAUUCACGGCUUCUUUGUUUGUUUAAAUGUGUUGACUCCUGCAUUAUUUGAACGUGGACGGAAUGUUAUGGAAGCAAGUUGAAAGAGAACAGCGUUAAGUUGUGAAGGAUUAAAAAGAACAUGGCUCCUUCUAGCAAGGCUGAGAAGAAGGCAGCCGUAGAUGCUGCUGCAUGGAUGUUCAAUGUUGUCACUUCUGUUGGAAUUAUCAUCGUAAACAAAGCUUUGAUGGGCGGCUAUGGCUUCAGUUUUGCUACAACGUUAACGGGUCUUCAUUUUGUUACUACAACUAUCAUGACGGUCGUACUACGGAUGCUGGGAUAUGUCCAGCCUUCUCAUCUUCCCUUGUCCGAACUUCUAAAAUUUGUUUUCUUUGCUAACUUCUCCAUUGUUGGAAUGAAUGUCAGUCUAAUGUGGAAUUCAGUUGGAUUCUAUCAAAUUGCCAAAUUGAGUAUGAUACCUGUAUCCUGCUUGUUGGAAGUUUGUUUGGACAAGAUUCGCUAUUCAAGAGACACAAAACUGAGCAUAGGUGUUGUUCUUUUGGGUGUUGGUGUUUGCACUGUUACUGAUGUGAGUGUAAACAUGAAAGGUUUUGUUGCUGCCUUUAUAGCAGUGUGGAGCACAUCUCUGCAGCAAUAUUAUGUUCAUUACCUUCAACGGAAGUAUUCACUAAGUUCUUUCAACCUUUUGGGACACACAGCACCCGCACAGGCUGGAUCACUACUGUUAUUGGGCCCUUUUCUAGACUAUUGGUUGACAAACAACAGAGUUGACCAAUAUGCUUAUGAUGUACCCUCUUCGAUGUUCAUACUCUUGUCAUGCACAAUUGCAGUUGGGACGAACCUUAGCCAAUUUAUCUGCAUCGGCAGAUUUACCGCUGUAUCUUUCCAAGUACUUGGACAUAUGAAGACAAUACUUGUUUUAAUAAUGGGAUUCUUUUUCUUUGGGAGAGAAGGUCUCAAUCUUCAUGUGAUUAUAGGGAUGAUAAUAGCUGUGGUUGGAAUGAUGUGGUACGGCAGUGCAUCGUCAAAGCCUGGCGGAAAGGAGCGUUGGAGUCACUCUCUCCCGACCAACAAAACCGAAAGCCGGUGAUGAUAAUUCAACAGCAUUUACUCAAUAUGAAGGUUUUAUUUGCAAAAGUUGGGCAAACCAAGAUAGUUGAUUGAUUCUAGGAAAGUAUAUUAAAUUAUUUGAAAUUAAACCUUAUUGGUUCUAAUUAUUUUAACCUCAUUUGUAAUUCUUUAAAUUUGAUUUCUUGUUUUUGGAUACUAGUUGGUAUCUCCUUAUAGGUAUUUCCCCUGGAAAAUUUUCAUCUUUUCCAUGAUCAGAAUGAAUUUAUUUUUAGACUCUUA